AUGAGUGAAGGUCAUGCCAUAUACUUUGCAUCUGCAGAACCUGGACAUGAGUCCUCCGACGCUAAUAACGCGGAUGGAGGGAGGCAAGGCUCUUCUGCCACUUUCGACUCGAAUCCAGGGUUACCUAGAGGAGAACAUGCCUCACAGGACCCAGGGAACCCCAACGUUACUCAACAGACUGCAGAUGGAGACACCAACAUUAUCUCUAUGGGAACGCCUGAGAACGGACAACAACAAACAAGUCCAGAGCGCAAUGAAUCAAACACAGGAGACCUACGGAACGACGACUCGCCUUUCGAGCAAGAAUCCAUCAACCUCAUGGACGACAUCGUUGAAAGUUUUCAAAGAAAGGAGACUACGAAACUCAAAGCCUUAUCAACGAUUAUCGGUAUCCUCGACUCCAACACUACAAAGCCAGAGAAGACAAAAGAUGCUGCAGUCGAGUCCUAUUCACACACCCUCAACGAAGUCGAAGCUCUCGCUGCUUCAGCGAUUAGGAGAGGACAACAAGUUCAGCAGGGACUGCAACCCCCAGGUACACUGAACACCCAAACUGCUCAUGCUAGAGAUCAACGACGCGACGCGGAAAUCGACGAGCUCAUCUCCCACAUCAGUGGUGAAUCCAGAAAGUCUAAAAGACCCCUUUCUGGCGACUUCUUCGACACCCAUGACCACGCCCAUGACUCCGACACCGAUGUUGAACAGUCUAACAGGAAGCGAAGAGUCUUUGAAUCUCAAAUGCCAUGGUUUUCUCAAGAAGAAGAGGAAAGGCGAACUGGAAGCAAAGAAUGUGAGGAAUCACGCAGAAUCUUUGCCUUAUUCGCCAGAGAUCCCAAAGCGAUCAAACAAUGGAUCCAGAACUCCAGGACUGCACCCCUCGGAUUCCCAACCUCGGAAUGGGACAAUAUUGUCAGAGGACAGGCGGUCAACCUUGACGCCGUGCUCUCAUCAUUGCACCAUAUAUCCGCUCCUAAGGAGAACAUUGGAUGUGUGGGAUCUACUGAGAUCUCCCUUGGACGAUCUGAACCUUCAAAAAGGGUCCAAACGAGUGGCGAAUGGACCAGCGCCUGGAAAGCGACCAUCAAAGCGAUUAAAUUCGCUUUCCCUCACAGAGAGCACAAACUCCGAGAAUAUGGCGAGUACAUCGAAGGCCAUUUCUCAGCCAGGGUUCAAUCCUCGCAUCGAAAAAUCAUCCUGUACGAUAUCGCUAUCAGAAACGAAGUCGGGGGAGGACAAAACGCUCUGCUCACCGAUGCUCACCGUUUCUCAAGACUUUUCUCAGCCAUCGUCAUGCCGGAUGGAGUCGAAUCAGACAGCUCUCGCCUCUCGUCUAACCGACUCACAUCCAGGACAGGCAACAAGACCGAGCUCUGCAACCAAUUCAAUUCUAUCAAUGGAUGCAGAAAUUCUGCUGAAGACUGUCGCUUCCGACAUGCCUGCAAGAAAUGCAAGCGCACCGGUCACGGAAAGGAAAAUUGCGAUUUUAAAGAAGGAUCUAGCUCAAAACCUUCAACCUAG